GUUUAUGUUAAAAGUUGUGUAGUUUGGUGACAGUUUGCGAAUAAACUAGCUCAUAAUUUUUCACUUAACACGGCAAAAUAUGCAAUUUAAACCUCCGGAAAGUGUUCCCUUCAUUUAUAUUUCAUAGGUUGAACGUCGCGUUAAAUUUAAAGAAAUGGCCUCGGGCGAUAACAUAGAGAGUAUCGAAGUUCUGAGCUCAAAUUUAGCUCUCAACAUGAACAACUCCAAGGAACCCCCCGGAAUAUGCGAGCCUGGAGCGUCUGGCGAAGCUGAUGACAAGGACAAUAUCUCAGUGUUGAAUAAGAGCAUCCAAGAUGGAGGUGAGCCCAAGUCCAUAUCAAAUGCCGCCAGAACGCGAGCCGAAAGGGAGAAGGACAGGGAGAGAAAAAUCGGACACCGGAGGGUGGGAGUUGGUGGCGAAAUUACAUACAAAAAGAUUCAAACGACCACCAUUAUGGGAUCCAUUCAACUUGGGAUUCAACAUGCAGUGGGCGGAUUGGCUUCCAAGCCCGAAAGGGAUCUGUUGAUGCAAGACUUUAUGACCGUUGAGACUACAAAUUUUCCAAGCGAAGGUUCAAAUCACACGCCAGCUCACCAUUACUCUGACUUUAAAUAUAAGAACUACGCGCCCAUUGCUUUCAGAUACUUCAGAGAUUUGUUUGGGAUUCAACCGGACGACUUUCUGAUGUCAAUGUGCGAUACUCCAUUAAGAGAACUAUCUAAUCCUGGUGCGAGUGGAUCGAUUUUUUAUUUGACUAGUGACGAUGAGUUUAUUAUCAAGACUGUUCAACACAAGGAGGGCGAAUUUCUCCAAAAACUACUACCAGGCUAUUAUAUGAAUCUUAACCAGAAUCCCCGAACUCUACUUCCAAAGUUUUUCGGCUUGUACUGUUACCAGUGCAACAGUAAAAACGUCAGACUUGUAAUUAUGAACAACUUAUUACCUAGUAAUGUAGUCAUGCACCAAAAGUACGAUCUUAAAGGAAGCACCUACAAAAGAAAGGCGUCGAAAGCCGAAAGACAGAAACGCUCGCCCACCUACAAGGAUUUAGAUUUUAUGGAACACCAUUCGGAGGGUAUAUUUAUGGAGUCGGACACCUACAAUGCCUUAAUGAAAACCAUACAACGAGACUGUAGGGUGUUAGAAAGUUUUAAAAUUAUGGACUAUAGCUUACUGUUAGCAAUACACAAUUUGGAUCAAGCCCAAAGGGAAAAACUAGAAAAGAAAUCUCAUACGAAUCUUCAACACCUACAACAGGAUGGAGAUAACGGCGGUCCCAGCAGUUUAAUGGCGCAAGAAGAACGGGAUAGAGAGAAAGAGGAUCGGAUAGGAGCGGCCGCCCUAAAUAGGAGUCGCUCGAUAAACAGGCAGCGAUUGGUUGCACAUUCUACAGCAAUGGAAAGUAUACAAGCCGAAUCUGAACCUAUAGAUGAGGAUGAUGAUACGCCUGUUGGUGGGAUACCCGCACGAAACGACAAAGGCGAACGACUGCUUCUAUUUAUUGGUAUAAUAGAUAUUUUACAAAGUUAUAGGCUAAAGAAAAAGUUGGAGCAUACUUGGAAAUCUAUGAUUCAUGACGGGGAUACCGUUUCAGUUCACAGACCAAGUUUUUAUGCUCAGCGUUUUCAAAAAUUCAUGGCUGAGAAGGUUUUUAAGAAAAUCCCAUCCCUGGACAUGCCUGAAAUUAAGGGCAACCAUCGUAAAUUCCGCACCCUGGUAACGAGCUACAUAGCUCUGAAGCAUUCCCCUUCGAAAAGAAAAUCGCUGUCAAAACCUUUGAGGCAUGAAGAGUUGCUCGAAAACACGAGUCCCACAGAGCCCGUGCCGAGCACAAAAAGUGCCCCACCUUCGUAUCAGCCCCCCAUUACUACGACUUCUGCAUCAACAGCGCCGAUGUCUCCAGCUUAUAAUUCUUCUUCCUCCACUGCGUUGACUUCGCCGCCGGCGAUUUUUCCCGCAGUCUUAGUCGGGUCGAAGCAAAAGGUUCCGCCACCGGUACCCCCACGGGGCACCCCCAAACCUAAGCGAGUCGACUUGGGCGGAAAAGGUGUAGUACCCAGUUGCUGCAGCACCCCACCGCCAACGUAUUCCGAAGGAUUCGAUCGAAGUGACGCUGGUUCCACUAUUGGUUCGGUAUCGGGACAUGCAUCUUUAGCUCGAGGUUCCAGACAUCAUACUGGGCACGAUCACAGCUCCCAUCAUCAUGUGAAGCACUACAAGGAUGAUUCAGUGAGUUAUGUUUCCAGUAUAACUGAUAUAAAGUUGGUAUCUCGAGCUGAGACAAAAUCGUCGCUGAGUGUCGAAUCUGGUGGAAGUUCCACGGCUGGAGGUCAUUCUUCGUCUGGCGGUCACUCUUCUCGGACCGGAUUGGCUUGGACGCCUCCGACGUCCGUCGAGGGAUCGACGCCCACCUGGACCGAAGGUACACCUUCAUUUACCGAAUCGUCAAGUAGCGGGGAUAUGGGUUGUCCAACGACUCCACUAAGACCCGGAUCGGGAGCAUCGUCCAACAAACAUCACAAGAAGACCGUGGAACAUGCAAUCAACUGCCUUACAACUGAAAUGGAACACUUGAGAAACCGGGUAGAUCUGGACUACGACUGACAAUGAUUAUCUGUAAAUUGCAGAUACUUGGUGUAAUAGCAAACUGAUUGGUUGUCUACAUCAUUUCACAUCAGUUCAUCAUGCCUAUCUAACUAACUGUGUAAUUGUGAUAAGUUUUUGUGCAUUUGGAAUAACUUGCAGCUAAUAUGCUAACUUAUGUGUUGAAUUUCGUUUUUGUGUAACUAAAAUUGGUCAACUAAACGUGCAAAAUAGAUACCUGUUCAAACAUUGUAAUGUUACUUUGUUAUGCAUCAUUUCAAUGUUUAGAUCUAUUGUUUGCUAUGCCUUUUUUAGUUAGUUUAAUUGCAGUAAUUAAUCUUAUUCUUUUUAGUAUGAAAAUCGCUCAAUACUCAUAAUAAGGAAGUAUUAAAGCUCAGUUAUCCAAACGCGCAAGUAUUACAAGGAAGUUACGGAUUUUCUAAAUGAUACCUACUCGUCAUGCAGGCUCACAGUAUAUUCUGUUCUAGACCAUUCGUACUAAAUAGGUAUGAUUUCUAAAAUCUGAGUAUUAAAUACACUAAAAUGCAUUAAUUGAGACCUGUUUCAAUCAUACACUUCUUAUGUAUACAUUCCAUAAACCUACUAUUAGUUAAAAUUAAAUGUAUGAUAUGUAUAAAUUAAUCUGGAUGUAUUUAUCUCUGUUAAAUAGCGAAUUGUAGAACGUGUCCCGCAAAGUGAUUGAUUGGUUUAACGUACCUCUAGCCGUAAGUUAAACACACAAUAUUUAUACCCGGUAAUUAAAUUUUUGCUGUAAAGAUAUAGACAACUCUUGAACUAAAACUUAAUAAUUAAACUCGAUAACAAUGAUUCAUUGUCGGGUCGGAAACUUAUCGAGUGCAUACUCAAAUGUUUGACUUUUCAAUACUUGCAAUCGUAUGGAGGAAAAAUAGUGAACCUAUUUUUCAAGGGAGUUAAGACUUUGGGUAUGCAAAACAUGGAUACACAUUUUGAGAAUUAACUUUUGGCUUAAAUCGGAUGAUAUUUCAUCGUUUAACCAGCUGUAAAUGAAUAACAAAGUGUGUAUCUGAUAUGGAAUUUGGCAAUAAUUGUAGCUGUAAAUUGGUUAUUGGUGUUCGUAGCUGUAAAACUGCAAAUGUUUUCUUAAUAUAUCAGACGGUGAUUUAUUAGAUCUUUGGUUUAUUGUGCAAGACUCUUAGAAGGAAAUUAAUGCGUUGAGAUUUUGUGAGAAUCAUGGCAUUAUAGAUUCACUUUUUAUAUGUUAACUGACUGAAUUUAGGUAAAUGUUCUGUAUUUAUAAAUAUAAAUGAUGUUUUUGAGGCAUUUGUUUGGUGUCAGAUAUCGCUAUGGGGGUUCUUAAUGUUCACUUUAUGCACAUGUGGGUGCAAACUAUUAUUAUCGGUAAUACAAUAAUAAUGGCAAGGUGAAGAAUCAGUAAUAACACUUUACCACCCAAGCAUCUGACGACUCUUUCCUUAGUCACUCUCAUAAUUUUUAUAAUCUGGCACAGAUCAGCAUUCAUAAAAAAGUAUUGUUAAAUAAUCAAUGUAUUGUAAAAAUAUAUCUCAGGUAUAUAUUUGUGCAUAUUUACUAUACAGUUGCAAAUUGUAAAUAAAGUAGCAAAUAAGAAUGAAAAUUGUAAAGGAUCAACAUUAUCCCCUAACGCUUUUUAACUUAAGUAAUCAAAUCUUUAUAACAAAAUUAUUGGACAUUAUUUCACAGUUAAAUUAGGCUUUAUACAUUGAUGGUAUUUACAAGAAAAUGAUCUGAAAUCCAUGCCAGAGAUUUGAUUUCCUAAGUGUUGACAACUUAUUAACGCUUAGGGUAUUAGUCGCAUAUGUUUUUUUGAUAAAUUGAUUGUUAUGUCUAUAAUACAAAACAUAUUAGGAACAUUUUGACAUCUUUAUUGCUCUACUUAAUCAGCCUUCGAAAUAUACUCAUUUUAACUUA